AGUAUUUAGAGUACUUUAAAGAAAGGAAGCCGAACGAGUGGAAAGAGCUCAAUUUUCUGAUAUGGAUGAACGAGAAGGGAGAAUCCCUGUUUCCGACAAACAUAAAGUCUCAAGAUCGACAGGAACGAUGGCACAAAUAUUUCAAGGAACUUCUCAACUAUGUGAUUUCUCGGUGUAGAAGUGUGGAUUCUGAAGACUACGAUUUAAACACUUUUGCGACAAACGCUUUGAAUUCGGAGAUUCGUCUUCAGCAACGCUUGGACAUCUCCUUGCUGGAGACAUGGCUGGAUAGCCGUCCUGGGCAUGCAGCUGAGGUCAUAACCGAACAGGCUUUGUAG